GCAGACUGUAAUGGUUGCACUGCCCAUCAGAAGAGAAUGGCAACUUCAAAUGGCUCAAAGAUACUGAGAUUAGCGAUCAACAAGAUGAAUAGUUUUUUCAAAACCAAACAGAUAAGAGAAGCCGAAAAUGCAGCACAAGCCAGCAGUAGCAAGAUAUAUGGAAGAAAGCAGCCAACAGCUGAAGCCAGUUACAGUGCCAGAAGAACUACCAUCUGAUGAUGAAGGAAAACAAAUUCCCAGCAAAUUAGGAAAACAAAAUGAGGGGGGAUUACUUGAACAAACAGUAGUGACAGAGCAGAGAAAGGGUGUAAUUAGCAAGAGAGAGUUAAAGCAAGAUGACAAGUGCUUCAAGGCCAAGCUGCGGCUGCUUCAAGUCCACAGUGUUGAAGAUGUAAACCAACUAAUGAAUGUGGAUGUGUGUGAUGCAACUAAGGAAUGGACAAAUUUCCAGCUACUGAUGGUGAUUGGAAAGGAGAUAGCAUCUGGAAAGGAGAUAGCUGAUGCUAUCUUGGAUGAUUUUGUCAUAGAAUUUAUUAACAGUGAGGUAUAA